AUGCCAUAUAAACGUGGUUUUUAUUGCGAUGAUGAAUCUAUUCGAUAUCCUUAUCGUCCAUCGACGGUUUCCCGACACAUGCUUAUUGUUGUUGGCCUCAUCAUUCCAGUUUUUCUUAUUGUUACUACGGAAAUGUUUCGUACACUGGUUUGGGAACGAAAAUGCCAGCACGAAUUUAAGGAUUAUCGAUGCAGACGGUAUAGAGUGCCACGUUUGAUUGUUCGUCUUUACAUUUUUGUCGGAUAUUUUCUUGUUGGUGUUGUGUUUAAUCAGCUCAUGGUAGACAUAGCGAAAUAUACAAUUGGACGCCACAGGCCACAUUUUAUGGACAUUUGCAAGCCGAAGGGUUUUGAUACUUGUCCAGUUAAUUCUCACAAGUACAUCACAGACUUUGAGUGCACUGGUACGGACAAAUUUCUUGUUCAAGAGUCCAUGCUUUCAUUCUACUCUGGUCAUUCUGCUUUCAGCUUUUACGCUGCGUGGUAUACUGUUCUCUACUUGCAAGCUCGUCUUUACCGGCCACUAUUCAGUCGUUUAGUUUUGCCUGUGAUUCAGUUUGUAUUAUUUGGUGGUGCUACUUUUGUUGCUUAUACCCGUGUCAGCAAUUACAAGCAUCAUUGGUCAGAUGUAUUAGUGGGUACAAUAUUUGGUUCGGUGAUUGGCAUUGUGACGGCUGUGUUUGUUGCUGAAGUGUUCUCACGUCGUGAAAUACCAUCGUGUCACCUACAUUAUGAUGAAUUUGGAUUAUCAUCGACUGCUCGGCGAAUCUUGCCAAUGUUGGAUAUGGAAUCUGGGGUGGGUGGUGCUGUAAGAAAUGGUGAAGGUAAUGAUCGCGUUCAGUUUCUGUCAUCGUCUGAUGGAACUGUGUCUGGUGUAAUGGCUUCAAAUAUCAACAACAUUGGUGAUGAAAAACGUGUGCCAACAUAUCUGCUAUCUUCAGAGAACCAAAGACUGUGA